GUUUUGGCAGCAGGUCAGGAAGCCUCACUGGAAAUGCAGCAGCUCUGUCUGCCUGCUGUAGGGCAUGGACUAAAGGUCUCUGAACAUGCUGAAGCCCCUCUGCAGGACCUUCCUUUCAGGCACUUUUGAUCAGGGAUCUCCUGUGCCUCUGGGUUCGUUGUGCUGCCCUCGAAAGGGUAUUGUUUGCUUAUUCUUUGCUGGUCUCUAGCACUGGAAGAGAACCACUCAGGUGUCCCCUCUCUGCGUUAGCGAGGCACUAGGUGGUGACACCUGCGCUGCUCACUCAGCCUACCUCCUGAGCUCUGUGUCCUUUGGCUGUGAACACCCUGAGCCUUGUCUUGGAGAGCUGCAACUGCUGGAGAUCUUGGAAGCCUUUUCUGCAGGGGAUUAGUUCUGUCCUCCACCGUUUCCUGCUGGCUGGAACAGGGUGUCCAUUGCACGAGCUUCUCUUUCACUAGCAAACACUUAAGGUCUUGAAUUUAAGUUGCAGACACCACAAUUCUCAGCCUGCUGCACCUGCACAGCUCCUGGUGUGGCUGGCACCCUCUGAGCCUCUUGCAAUCCUCCAACGUGUGCUGCUGUAAAGCUGAAGGGUGACUUACUGCAGGAGCACAAAGAGCGAGCAGAAAUGCGUCACAGGAUGGAGGACGAGGCAGUGCUGGAUAGAGGGGCUUCCUUCCUUAAACAUGUGUGUGAUGAAGAAGAAGUGGAAGGUCACCACACGAUUUACAUCGGGGUCCACGUGCCCAAGAGCUACAGGAGGAGGAGGCGUCACAGGAGAAGACCUGGGCACAAAGAAAAGAAGGAAAAGGAGAAAAUCUCUGAGAACUACUCAGACAAAUCAGAUGUGGAAAACGCUGAUGAGACCAGCAGCAGCAUCCUCAAGCCACUCAUCUCCCCUGCUGCCGAGCGCAUCCGCUUCAUCCUGGGAGAGGAAGAUGACAGCCCCGCGCCCCCGCAGCUCUUCACCGAGCUGGACGAGCUCCUGGCCAUCGAUGGGCAAGAGAUGGAGUGGAAGGAGACUGCCAGGUGGAUCAAGUUUGAAGAGAAGGUAGAACAAGGUGGGGAGAGAUGGAGCAAGCCUCAUGUGGCCACCUUGUCCCUGCACAGCUUGUUUGAGCUGAGGACGUGCAUAGAGAAGGGCUCCAUAAUGCUGGAUAUUGAAGCCUCUUCUCUCCCACAGGUGGUGGAAAUGAUUGUUGACAAUCAGAUCGAGACAGGCCUGCUGAAAUCCGAGCUGAAGGACAAGGUCACCUACACCCUGCUCAGGAAGCACCGACACCAGACCAAGAAGUCCAACCUGCGCUCCUUGGCCGACAUUGGAAAGACAGUCUCCAGUGCAAGUAGGAUGUUUACCAACCCUGAUAAUGCACGCAGCCCUCUGGAGAGCUCAGUGCCCUGCCUGGCCACCCGCACGGCCGAUGAUGAGAUCCAGGUGCAGCGCAGCCCCAGCGUGGGAUGGCUCAGCAGCCCUGCCAUGGCUCACAGAAACCUGACUUCCACCAGCCUCAAUGACAUCUCUGACAAGCCUGAGAAGGAUCAGCUGAAGAACAAGUUCAUGAAGAAGCUGCCCCGUGAUGCUGAGGCCUCCAACGUGCUGGUUGGAGAGGUGGACUUCCUGGAGAGCCCUUUCAUUGCCUUCGUCCGGCUGCAGCAGGCUGUCAUGCUGGGUGCUCUGACUGAAGUCCCUGUACCCACCAGGUUCCUCUUCAUCCUGCUGGGACCGAAGGGCAAAGCCAAGUCCUACCACGAGAUCGGGCGAGCCAUCGCCACGCUGAUGUCGGAUGAGGUUUUCCAUGACAUUGCCUACAAAGCCAAGGACCGACAGGACCUGAUCGCUGGCAUCGAUGAGUUUCUGGAUGAAGUCAUUGUGCUCCCCCCUGGAGAAUGGGAUCCAGCCAUCAGGAUAGAGCCCCCCAAGUCUCUGCCUUCUUCAGAUAAAAGGAAAAACAUGUACUCUGGUGGAGAGAACCUGCAGAUGAAUGGAGACACACCUCAUGAUGGAGGGCAUGGAGGUGGUGGCCAUGGGGACUGUGAAGAGCUGCAAAGGACUGGCAGGUUCUGUGGGGGCUUGAUCAAAGACAUCAAGAGGAAAGCUCCAUUCUUCGCCAGCGACUUCCUGGACGCUUUGAACAUCCAGGCCCUCUCAGCCAUCCUCUUCAUCUACCUGGCCACGGUCACCAAUGCCAUCACCUUUGGAGGCCUGCUUGGUGAUGCCACAGAGAACAUGCAGGGUGUGCUGGAGAGCUUCCUGGGCACAGCAGUCACUGGUGCCAUCUUCUGCCUUUUUGCUGGCCAGCCACUCACCAUCCUCAGCAGCACAGGACCUGUCCUUGUCUUUGAAAGGCUGCUCUUCAACUUCAGCAGGGACAACGACUUCGACUACCUGGAGUUCCGCCUGUGGAUCGGCCUCUGGUCAGCCUUCCAGUGUCUCCUCCUGGUGGCCACCGACGCCAGCUUCCUGGUCAAGUACUUCACUCGCUUCACCGAGGAAGGCUUCUCCUCCCUCAUCAGCUUCAUCUUCAUUUAUGAUGCUUUCAAGAAGAUGAUCAAGCUGGCAGAUCAUUACCCCAUCAACUCCCAGUUCAAGGUGGACUACAUCACGCAUUACUCUUGUGCCUGUGAACCAUUAGAGCCAGUCAAUGGCUCCUUACUCAACGGGACCGCUGAGCUGCCCUACUCCUCUGAGCUGUACAACUCCACCUUGGAUUGGUCAUCUCUGACAACAAAGGAGUGCUUGAAGUAUGGAGGACAGCUUGUGGGCAACAACUGCCACUAUGUCCCUGACAUCACCCUCAUGUCCUUCAUCCUCUUCUUUGGCACUUACACCUGCUCCAUGGCCCUGAAGAAGUUCAAGACCAGUCGCUAUUUCCCAACCACUGCCCGCAAGCUCAUCAGUGACUUUGCCAUUAUCUUGUCCAUUUUGAUUUUCUGUGGAAUAGAUGCCCUGGUGGGUGUGGACACACCAAAACUCAUUGUGCCAAGUGAAUUCAAGCCAACCAGUCCUGAGAGGGGUUGGUUUAUCCCACCUUUUGGAGGGAACCCAUGGUGGGUGUACCUGGCUGCAGCCAUCCCUGCACUCCUGGUGACCAUCCUCAUCUUCAUGGACCAGCAGAUCACAGCUGUCAUUGUCAACAGGAAGGAGCACAAGCUCAAGAAAGGUGCUGGCUACCAUCUGGAUCUGUUCUGGGUGGCCAUUCUGAUGAUUGUGUGCUCCUUCAUGGGCCUGCCCUGGUACGUGGCCGCCACCGUCAUCUCCAUCGCUCACAUUGACAGCUUGAAGAUGGAGACAGAAACUUCAGCCCCUGGAGAGCAGCCCAAGUUUUUGGGAGUGAGGGAGCAGAGAGUCACUGGGAUUAUCGUCUUCAUCCUGACCGGCGUGUCUGUCUUCAUGGCCCCCAUCCUGAAGUUCAUCCCCAUGCCGGUGCUCUACGGUGUCUUCCUCUACAUGGGCGUCGCUUCCCUCAACGGUGUGCAGUUCAUGGAUCGUCUGAAGCUGCUCUUGAUGCCUCUGAAGCACCAGCCUGACUUCAUCUACCUGCGCCACGUCCCGCUGCGCAGGGUCCACCUCUUCACCUUCCUGCAGGUGGUGUGCCUGGCCCUCCUCUGGAUCCUCAAGUCCACUGUGGCUGCUAUCAUAUUCCCUGUCAUGAUCCUGGCACUGGUGGCAGUCAGAAAAGCCAUGGACUACCUCUUCUCCCAGCACGACUUGAGCUUUCUUGAUGACGUCAUUCCAGAAAAGGACAAGAAGAAGAAAGAGGAUGAGAAAAAGAAGAAGAAGAAGAAGGGCAGUGUGGACAGUGACAAUGAUGAUUCUGACUGCCCUUACUCAGAAAAAGUCCCAAGUAUUAAAAUCCCAAUGGACAUCAUGGAGCAGGAACCUUUCCUAAGUGAUAGCAAACCUGCUGACAGAGAAAAGUCACCAACAUUCCUUGAGCGCCAUACGUCGUGCUGAUACAAUUCCUUUCCUUCAGUCACACACCAUGCCAAGCCCUCCACGAACUCCGGUCAAAGUUGUGCCUCAAAUUAGAAUAGAAGUGGAGCCUGCAGACCAUGGUUACUUCUGGAGGAGCAAGGGAAC